AUGCCUCACACCUUUGAGAUCAUCCCGCGAGCCCCCUACUCGUUCGACCUGACCGCCGGGCGCUUCGGGCGUUUUGCCAGCGAGAUCGUCGAUCUGCUCGACGGCAAGCAGUAUCGCCGUUUGCUCGUCGCCGGCCGUCAGCUUGCCCUGGCCACGGUGACGGACGUCGGCACCGUCGGCAAGCCACGCCUCGCCGUGGAAUUGCGCAGUCCAUCAAAGGCGCCGCUGCAGCGGGAAGUCUUUGAGGCGCAGGUGCGGCACAUCCUGUGUACCGAUCUCGACCUCAGGCCAUUCUAUCGCUUGGCGCGCGGCAACGACCUGCUGGCGCCGAUGGUCACCCGCUUCCGCGGCUUGCGCCUUGCGGCCAGCCCGACGCUGUUCGAGGCGCUGGUCGGCGCGGUGCUGUCGCAGCAGGUCAACCUCACGUUCGCCUACUCGAUCAAGCGGGAACUGGUCGAGCGCUUCGGGCGCAAAUGGCGCGUCGGGGGCCACACCUAUUGGGCCUUCCCGGAGCCACGCCGCUUUGCCGAGCAGAGCGUGGAAGACCUGCGCGCCUUUCGCCUGAGCAACGCCAAGGCCGGUGCGCUCAUUCGCCUUGGCGGCGCCUUUACUUCCGCCACCCCUUUUCCUGCCCCGUCCGGCGAGCUGGAUUCGCUGUCCGACGAUGAUCUCAUCGAACGCCUGACCACCCUCAAGGGCAUCGGCCGCUGGACCGCCGAAACCGCCCUGGUGCGCGGCCUCAUCCGUCCCGACGUUUUUCCCGCCGGCGACCUUGCAGUCGUCAAAUACUUAGCCCAAAGCCUGCUGGGCAAAACGGAAAAAGCCUCCGAAGCCGAGAUGCGCACCUUUGCCGAAGGUUGGCGCCCCUACCGCGGCCUCGCCCUUGUCUAUUGCUACGCCGAGAUGGGCCGCCGGCGCAGCGAGGGUUGA